AUGGCCCGCUAUACCAAUACUCGGACAAAAUAUGUACAGGUGUUGGUUGCCCAACAGCCUGGACCGCGAGGGUACGAAGGUCCAUGCAUCCGUAUGAGAGAAUAUACGGCGGAUGGAAGAUCCUACAUCGGCUCUCUGAAGAAACAGAACUGGGUUGACCAGCAGACGAAACAAAAGUCACGAAGCUCGAGGAGCAGACUGGGGGUGGACGAGUUCGAGAAGCACUUGGACCAGCAAGAGAUUGCCGAAAUCCACCAGGACGUCACGCGUUUUGUCAUCUUACCGACCUCGUCAAACCCCGAGGCAGGAUUCGUAGGACACGUAGGGUACUCCUCUACGCCCGCUAUCCGUAAUUCGAGAUGGCUUUGCGAUUACAUUCUCGAGGAGCUCUAUUCCAACUUGCACGCCUGGCUCUUGGAUCACGUUGGGAGCGAUAUACGCGUCGAUUGA